AUGCCCGGGACAACAACCACGCCAGAGAUCCGGCUGCCGCCUCUCGAGGAGAUUUGGCAAUGGCCGCGGAUGGUCAGUCCCCACCUGGCCGACCUCGAGGAGGAGUGUCUGCAAUGGACUGCGAGCUUCGGCGCCUUCGACCCGGAGACGCAGCGGCGGAUACAUGAUAAGGGCAAACUCAACCUUCUGGCGGGCAUGUGCUAUGCACGGUUGUCGAGGGAGCAAGUGCGGUCGGGAUGCGACAUCAUGCACCUCUUCUUCAUGUUUGACGAGUAUUCCGAUGGCGGGGCCACUCCGGAAGAGGUCUGGAACCAAGCCCGGGUUCUGACAGACGCCAUGACUUACCCCGACAAGCCCCGGCCGGAAGGGGAGUGGGUUGGCGGCGAGGUUGCACGACAGUAUGCUCUCCUCCCUUGUUUCUACUUCUCCGGCACUAAGCUGAUUCAAGGGGACAGAUUCUGGCUGCGGCUUCCGAAGACAUACACCGAGACUUUCCGGCGACGGUUUCUGAAGACGUGGGUCGACUAUGUCGAGGCGGUUGCGCGGCAGGCGGAAAACCGGGCAGUGUCGAAGGUCCUUGACGCUGACAACUAUAUCGUCUUGCGUCGGGAUACUUCUGGCGCCCCAUCGACGCUUGUCAUGUGUGAGCUGGACCUGGACAUACCAGACGAGAUCAGGGAGCAUCCGAUCAUCGAAGAGCUGUUCACGCUCGCCACCGACCUGAUCCUCGUUGCCAAUGACAUACUUUCGUACAACAAGGAGCAGGCGGCCUGUGACGUGGAGCACAACCUCAUCACCGUCAUCAUGAAGCAGUUCCAGCUGGAUGUGCAGCAGGCCUUCGACAAGGCCGGCGAGAUGUGCCGCGAGAAGACGGACAGGUUCAACGCCCUGUACCGUCAGGUGCCACGCUGGGGCGGGCCCGUCGAUCUGGAUGUGCAGAAGUUCGUGGACGGCCUGGCCGUGUGCGUGGGCGGCACCCUGCACUGGAGUUAUGAAAGUCAGCGAUAUUUCGGGACGCACGGCAUGGAGAUCAAGAAGAGCCGGACGGUCCGGCUGUUACCGCAAAAGUCAAAGGUGAAUGACGCCGGGAAAUGAUACCCAACAUUGGAAAGAGGUGUCAAACUUGGGUUGUCUUUUUUUGGUUUGGCGCUCGGAAUCAAUGUCACGGUGGGAAUGAGGGAAUGAGGGAACCAGGCAGUUCAGCGUGCAUGCACAAGCGUUUUGUUUUCGCUCCCUGUCGGGAGGAUGCUGGUUCUACAAGUCUCGAUUCUUCCAUAUUAUGCUGUGCCUCCAGCCCUCCGCUGCUUGUGAAAGGACCUUGUGAAAGGAGUCAGUUCCUUCCGGUUUUAUUAACUCAAAGGUUUUGUACCUCCGUACCUGCCAGACCGCCGGGUAAAUGAACAGACUCGUUUCC